GGUUUAUGAAGAUGGAUCAGAUGCCCAUACCCACACAGUUGGAGUUUGCUGCAAAGAUUCUGCUGAGUAAUGAGCCAGCUGCUACCCUCACCCCGAAAGAACUCCCUAAAUACCUCUUCAUUCCAUUGUUUACUGCUGCCUUCUUGGGAAGACAGAAGAUAACAAAGUCAAUGAAUCUCAAUCAGGAUACUGCAUUACAUUUGAACCAACAUUUCUCAGUAGUCUUCUAGACUCCUAUAGUUCCUCCAGCUCUCAGUGUCACCACAACCCUGAUUGCCACCAUUGAAGACACUGGUCAGUAGGUUCAUGAAGAUGGAGCCAAAGAUCGUAGGCACACUGCUGGAAAUUUCCAUAAAUAAUCUGCUGAGAAAUGAGCCUGCAACUAUCCACGCCAUGGAAGAACUCCCAAUAGACAUCUUCAUUCCAUUAUUUACUUCUGCUUUGGGAAACAGACAAAAGAAUGUACUAAAGGCAUUGGUGAGAUGUUGGCCCUAUCAUUGUCUGCAUAUUGGGACACUAAAUAUACCUGAAUCAUCCUAUGACAUCUUGGAAGCCAUGGUCGAUGGUCUGCAGUUCGUCCCUGCCCAGAAUUCUUCCUCAGGGGGCUCGAAACUAAGGAUCCUGGAUUUAAGGCAUGACCCUGACUGUGAGAUAAUAUGCUCGUACAGGGCCAAACACUCUUUUUGUUUUCUGUCUUGUGUUUAUUCUCAGCAUUCUAUGCUUAAAGUGAAAGAAGCACAGCAUAAUGUUAUGUGCCUUGGAAUGGAUAGCUCAGAGUCUAAGCCUUUGCCAGCCUUGAAAACCAUGGAAUUAUUAAUGGACCUUAAUUUCAAUUAUACAUUGGUAGAAACACAGUUUAUUUCUUUUCUCAAGAAUAAAGUUGAACAAAGCUCUGGGUCAUUGCACCUCUGCUGCAGAAGUUUGCAAAUUGAUGACAUAGAUGUGUAUAAAAAUAGCCUUCAGAUUAUGGAUUUGGUAUGCAUUGAUCGUCUGGAGUUGCAGAAGGCUCAUUUGAGGGAUAUCAAUACCCUCUUAUCUCAGUUGAGCCACCUGGAAAGCCUCACCCUGAUUGAUGUUGAAUGUAGAUCUUGUAAGGGGAAAAUCUUCAAAACUUUUCUCUCUUGUCUUGGGAAUCUGAACAACCUUGAGGAACUGAACUUGUCUUUCUUCUGCCUCACUGAUCAACUAAAAAAAAUACUCAGUGUCCUGCGACCUCAGUUGGAUAUACUGAGUCUGACUGUCUGUGACCUAUCUAACAAAGACCUCAGUAUCCUAUCCCAGAGCACUCAGUCCAGCCACUUAAAGCUACUAAAUCUGAGUAAUAAUCAGAUAUUCUGGGAAGGUUCUGAGCCCUUCCAGACUCUGCUGGAGCGGGUCUCAGGCACCAUUCAGUAUCUAGAGAUAAACAACUGCCAAAUAACUGAUUCUUCUCUCACUGCUAUCCUUCCAGCCCUGAGCAGCUGCUCACACCUUCGUGUCUUUAGCUUUGCUUGCAAUUCAAUUACAAUGUCUGCACUAGUAAGUGUUGUGCGACACUUGACAGGCUUAAGGGAGCUGAGGUAUGUGAUUUAUCCUGUUCCUUUGGAUUGCUAUGAACAAGGGGAUGUAAAUGGCAAUUUAGACCAAGAGAAAGUUGCUUCAUUGCACAACCAAUUGAAGUUGUUACUAGAGUUGGCACAUCGUGAAGACAUGAGGUGGACCAGCCUUCCUUAGUUACUUUCACAGUACAAGGAAUUGCUUCAUCAUUGAUGUGGAGCCAUUAACACAUUGUUGCUGGCAUGUUCCAACAGUGGUUCACUUUUGUAUGCGGCUUAACAAACCUUGUAUCCCCAGGAUCAGCAUGUUAAAAUACACAGUGGUUUUCCUGAUGCCAAAAAUUGUAGAGAUACAUACUAUUCUACUGUUUAAGAAUCUUACUCUAUUCAAUUCAUGUUGGCUCUCUUUUGCUAUUCAGCCCUCAGCUCCUGGCUUCCAUGUUAAUACCUCAGAAAGUUUUUUGGUUUUGUUUUUGUUUGCUUUAGAGUCACAUCUGACAUAUUUAGGACUUCCCCCUCGCUCUGGGUUCAGGGCUCGCUCCUGGAGAGCUCGGGGGACCAAAUAGGGUACUGGGAAUAAAACUCAGUUUGACUUAACUAAGACUAAAGAAUGCACAGUGAAUUUAUAUGUUAAUGUUUUGUUUUUAAUAUUUCCAUUUUGUAAAACUUGUUGCAUUUCAGGCUUAGAAAAUUUUUAAAAUUAUAUAUAACUUGUGAAUAUUGUUUCCUUUUUGAAUUAUCACUGGGUACUUGAAUGGUUUUGUUAUGAAAAAUGCGAAAUUAAUUAAUGUAUUAAUGUUGCUAAUAUUUUGAAAAAUUUACUGCAUUUCAAGAUUUUACUGACAUGUGAAAUUACCACAUCACUUCGAUAUUUAAGUUAUUUGUGUAUAUAUAUUCUUUGUUUGGCAUUAAAUAAACUAAUUUAGAAAUUA